AUGUUGCCGCGCAAAGUUAGCGUUGGAGAGCUGCUCCCUGAGAAUCGGCCGUUCGUCCCCUGGUCUCGGGUUCCCGACGGGGCGCCGUACCUCCGUCUUGCCUGCGACUGCCCCCGCUCCCCCCGUCUCCCCUGCGACCGCGCCCACCCCUCCUUCCCCGGUCUCCCCCGCGACACCACCACCGCCGCCUCUCGCGCCACCGUCUCCCCCGCCUCCCAAGUCUAUCGACCACCGCCGCCCGCCGCCCCUGCUUCCCCCCCGUCCACCGCGACCUCCUCACAGCCCAGCACCUCGUCUCCCUCUCGAAUCGACCGAACUCGGUGUGAACUCUUUGAUCUCCAUCAGCAGAUAGUUCCUCUUGUUGAUUCAUGGGGUUGGCAGAAGUCCAUUGUUGAGAGGAGGAAACCGUUGGUAGGCAUAGACACGGACACAGAUGAAGAUCACUCGGACACCUUAAUCGCGCUGCAGCAUCCACCGGUUUAUACACUGGGCAACGGCAGUAGUGAGAAAUACCUCAAUUUCAAUAUAGAAGAUUCUCCUAUUGAGAGUCAUCGUAUUGAUCGUGCUGGAGAGGUAACAUAUCAUGGUCCUGGACAGCUCGUUCUGUACCCGAUUCUCAAUUUGCGGUAUCAAAAGAAGGAUCUUAACUGGUACCAAAGAUCACUUGAAACUGUGGUCAAUCGUGCCCUUCAGUCCGCAUUCUCUAUUAAGGCAUCAACAAUAGAAGGCCUCACUGGUGUUUGGGUUGGUAUGUUACUAUCCAUUUGGAUACCGCAAAAUGUUUUACCAUGUUAUCACGUAUCUUUCUUAACUUGUACUCCCUCCGUUCCGAUUUACUCGUCGUGGUUUUAGUUCAAUUAGUUUUAGUUCAAAAUUGAACUAAAACCACGACGAGUAAAUCGGAACGGAGGGAGUACACUCUAUUUCCUCUCCAGGGGAUCAGAAAGUUGCAGCUAUUGGAACUAUGUGUGCAAGAUGGAUAGUAUAUCAUGGUCUAGCGCUAAAUGUCACAACUGACCUAACCCCUUUUGAACACAUCGUUCCCUGCGGCAUAAAGGGCC